AUGGACUCCUCGGACCAAGCGCAGUUUAACCAGCCACAAAUCCAAGCACCCUCCUAUACAUUCAACCCAAACAACAAGUUUAGACGGGACUUUUCACCCAGACCAUUUUCCUCAGUUACCAUGAAUCCACCUGAAUUAUCGGUAAAGACCGAACCACUUGGACUUGGAAUGUGGUCCUCGCCGACCCCUCCUGUGUCGAGACCUCGACCAGCGACAAUUCACGAAUCUGUAUUUCCUUAUUCCUUCUCCGAAGAGUUCAACUCUUUACCUGCCUGGGACUCAUCGACUAUGCCGAUGCAGCCAGUCAAUGAUGGGCUUCCUCAGACAUACUCAGUACAGCAAGACUUUUACCCCUCUACAUCCGGUGGUGAAAAUGGUUGGCAGUCUAAGGCUUGCAAUGAUGGGAUAGACUUGCAGAAUCUUGACACAGAUAUGCAUAUGGGUCAACAAUUUUCAACAGACGAGAGUGCUCCAAUCCUCGACUUGCGCUUUUCUGGGCCUGGAAUGGACAGUGAUCGUCUAAGUUUGGAGCCGUCGUACAGUUCUAGGCGCAUGUCCGGCUCUUCCUUUACAGUGUCGACAACUGGGGCGCUCUCUGAGAUGCAAUCAUAUGAUGACUUCUCUACUACGUUGUCAGAAGCGCAAUCAUACACUUCUGACUACCCGCCCCGUUCAAAUCGCAACUCGCUCAUGUCUUCGACCCAACUAUCACCCGUGGCAUCACCAAGAAUGACACCACAGCAUCGUUCCGAGCUUGUUCGAACACAAAGCAGAGGCCGCGCCUCGCCUUCACCCCGUCCGAGUAUGCGAUCGGCACCCUACAACAUGGACAGCAGCCGCAACAAGAGAUGGUCUACUGGUUCCUACGCCCCCGCACAAAAUAGGCGACCUUCUCCUUUUAUCUAUCACCAAGGUCAUGAGGUUUUUACACCCCACCCUCCACGCAUGUCAUCGAGACACUCCUCCCCGAUACUACCAAAUGCUCAACUUCCGCUGAACUUGAGCAAUUUACAAACGCAACAGCACCCAUUCCUUAUUCAGAACAACACAGGCUUCCAUCGUAACAGCAUGCUACUUCCCUCCGGAAACUACCAGGAAACACACCAAUUUGAAGCUCCACCACCCCUACUCUCCCAUGGGCUUUUCCGAAUGCUCCAAAGCAACGCUGAUCCGCAUUCGCUACAUUCGCACUACACCGACUUAAGCGACCCCCCAGAUCUAUAUGCGUCUCUCCAUGAAGAGCAAGUUCCGCCGCCUCCGGAGGAUAUGAACCCGAGCGAUGGCGACUUGGUGCCACACGAGCAGGAACUGCGCUUUGACGGAGACCUUUACACGCCGAGAUGGGUACGUGGUCAUGGGAACAAGCGCGAAGGUUGGUGUGGAAUUUGCAAGCCCGGAAGAUGGCUUGUCUUGAAGAACAGCGCUUUCUGGUACGACAAAAGUUUCACGCAUGGUAUCAGCGCUGCGACGGGCAGCCCGUUCCAAGAGCCACAAGAGACGCGCCGCAUGGAUGGUAACCCAGAUGUGUGGGAGGGUCUGUGCGGCAGCUGUAACGAGUGGGUUGCACUGGUGAGCAGCAAGAAGAAGGGCACCACUUGGUUCCGACACGCCUACAAAUGCCACACGCACCCUAAAAUCAAGGAUGCGCCGAAGCGUCGUCGUGAAUCUUCUCAUACUCGUGCGCUGGGCGCUUCGACUAUGGCAAAACCGAAGAACGAGCCACCGAUGACGCCUCAGAUGACCCCGAGUAACUCGGUCGCCAAUACGCCCGUUACACCAGGUAUGCUUCAUCAAAGCCAAGCGCGGCAGAAUCGGAAAACGACAAUCAAUCCUUUGGAAGGCCUGUCAGGAAUGAUUUGA